ACGUGGUUAAAUGAAACAGAUGGUGUGGUAAGCAAAUUAAUCAACCAUUUGAACAGAAAAAUGUUGGUAGUUGGUAAACAUCAACAACCAAUAACAUGUGGUGCGUUUGCUCCAAGCGGUAAACUUGGUUUGGGCUCUGAAGACGGAAUUCUAACCUUAAGCAACAGCAACGGCGAUACCAUCCAUACCAUUUCCUGUUGUUCAGAACCAACAGUACUUAAAUUUUAUACCUUUAACGUUAUCUUGGGUGGUACAAUUCUAAUGAUUAUGGACUUGAACGACUACCAAAAGCCAAUAAAUCUUCAAUUUCAGUCUCGUUACGGAGAAAUUAUCACUUAUUCAUGGUAUGGAAACGGAUAUAUACUUCUGGGAUUCGCUGAAGGUUACUUGGUUUGCGUAUCGGCGCAUGUAUCCGAAAUCGGUCAGGUUAGAAAUCUUCAUCUUAUUCUUACUCUUUAUUGGCUACUUAUUGUAACUAUAUUUUUAAUUUUUGAAGCCACAGAUGAUGGUCAGAUGAUUGCAGUUGCCGGUCUAUCUGGAACACUCAGUGUCUUCCUCACCAAGAUGCCAAUUGUUGGAGCAGCUUAUAAGAACAGUGUUGCGGUACUGUCAUCAUUGACUGAAGUGACUGCUUCGGUUGCAAAAACGGGUACUGAGAUUGAACCAUCGCUGAUUGCUGUUGGUCCAAAACAUUUUGCAGUGGCAAUGAACAACCGUGUUUGGAUUUACGAAAUUACAGCUGGUAAAUUUUUAAAAAAAAAAGUUUUUUUAGAACCAAUUUUGGUUACUGAACUACAGUACCUAUUCUCCAUUAAUGCAAUGGCUGGCCACUUACAUUAUUACUCAUUGGAGUAUGAAGCUUAUGUUAACGAAUUCAAGCAUAAUACAGGAAUUCAAAUGCUAUUUCCUGAUCCAAACAGCGCACGAUUAUGCUUUUUUGACGAACGAUUUGACGCCUACAUUUAUAGUCCUGUUGACGACUCGCUUCAUAAAUUACCGCCUUCUGAAUCUGCCGCUCAUGUACGUUAUCCUAUAGCUAACUUCAUGGUGAAUGAUAGUCAAGGUCAACCAAUUAUUUCACUUGGCACAAGUACAAUACCGUACGGCUACAAACCGUUGAUGUUAUCCAAAGGCAUGGCACAUUGUCAAACAGAUACUGGACGCACGGCAACAAUUUUGAUCGAUCCUUUGAAGACGGAUGUUACAAUGGAAGGAAAAUCUGAUGCUGCAGUUAGUGGUCAUUUAAAAUAUAAACGCUUUCAAUGGACAAUAGCAUGGAAAAUUUGUUCUCAUACGGGUUCGAAGGACAACUGGCGAAAAUUUGGGAAAGCGGUACUUCAAAGCGGCGAUCUUGAACUAGCUAUUCGUAUCUAUAAACAAAUUGGUGAUGUGGCAAUGGUGUGGUCACUGGAAAAAAUUCUAGAUGUUGAGGAGCGAAAACUUUUACUGGGUCAUAUUGCCUUAAUUUUAGGACAAUAUGAAAAGGCUGAAGAAUAUUUUUUGGCUUCAUCAGAACCAAUACAUGCAUUAGAUAUGCGUCGAGAUUUACUUCACUGGGAGAAAGCACUUCAGUUGGCAGAACACCUUGAUCCGCAGCAGAUGCCAUUUAUCUCAAAAGAAUAUGCCCAACAGUUAGAAUUCACCGAACAUAACGAAGCUUGUCGUGCUGGUAUUGCGAGACAAUAUGUCGAGGCAGGACAACUCUACGAAAUUGGACAGUUUUAUACACGUGCAGCAGCUGUUUACUUAAAAGCUAAAAACUGGCCAAAAGUCACAGCUCUACUUCCCAAAGUUCGCUCUCCAAAAAUUCACUCGCAAUAUGCAAAAAUAAUGGAAUCAGAGAAAAAAUAUAAGCAAGCAGCUUUGGCGUACAAAAAUGCUCGAGACUAUGACAAUUUGGUGCGAAUUUUGCUGAACCAACUAAAUAUGCCUAAUGAAGCAAUUAAGGUAGUUAAAGAAACAAAGAGUGUCGAAGGUGCUAAACUGAUUGCAAACUUUUUUACAAAGAGUGGUGAUCAUACAGCAGCAAUUCAGUUCCUAGCAAUGUCGCACUGUUAUCAGGCCCUUGACAACUUUGAGCAUAGCGGCGAAGAUGCUGAAGCAAUGAAUAUGGCCAUUGACUGUGCAGUCAAAUCAAAAGAUAUGGAAUUGUCCCAGCGUUUAGUCGACUUUCUAAUCGGAGAUCUUGAUGGAAUACCAAAGGACCCGAAAUAUUUGUUUCGAUACUACGUGGCAAUGGAUAUGAAAAAGGAAGCUGCAACAACAGCUGUAGUAAUUGCUUCAGACACCAAAAAUAGAGGCAGUUACCGUCAAGCACAUCAGUGCCUAUUCAAGAUGCACAAAGAACUAACCGAGAAGUGUAUCCAGGUUCCUCUGGAAAUGGCCGACAACCUUAUGUUACUUCACAGCUAUUUAAUUGUUAAGAGCCUAAUAAAGCGGAAUGAACAUUCACGAGCUGCACGAAUGCUAGCACGCGUAGCAAAUAACAUUAGCAAAUUUCCAGAAAACGAAAUACCAAUUUUGACUGCUGCAACGAUCGAAUGCACAAAGGCUGGACUAAUGAAAUCAGCAUUUCAGUUUGCGGCUCAAAUAAUAAAACCUGAUAAACGGUGUAAAAUCGACAUAAAAUACCAGAAAAAAAUUGAAACAAUUGUGAGAAAAAUUGAUAAGAAAGCAAAAGAUGAAGAAGAAUUAAAAACUGAAUGUCCAUACUGCGGUGGAUUGACACCUGAAACAGAGUUGGUUUGUGACCACUGCAAAAGUCUAAUCCCGUAUUGUGUCGUCACGGGUCGUCACGUUAUAAAAAACGAUUUUGCGUUGUGCCCAUCUUGCCAAUUCCCCGGUUACUACAGCGAAUUUAAAAAGCUUAAAGAUUCUGGAGAGAACUGCCCUAUGUGUUCAGGAAGGCUCGACGAACUGACCUCCUCAAAUGGCGGAGAAUUCUUCCAAAAAAGCAAAAAGACAAGGUUCACGGAAUAA